UCUUUCCCCUAUAGCACCGAGCCAAACCCAUUGCUUCUCUCGAUUUGCUUCUCCUUCCUUCUCUCUCUCUCUAAUCUCUCUGUGGCGGUCCAUUAAUGGCGGGUCGAGGCAAAGCUUUGGGAUCUGGGGCGGCCAAGAAGGCCACGUCGCGGUCCAGCAAGGCCGGUCUUCAAUUUCCCGUGGGGCGUAUUGCUCGGUUCUUGAAGGCAGGAAAGUACGCCGAGCGAGUCGGUGCCGGAGCUCCGGUCUACCUCGCCGCCGUGCUUGAAUACCUAGCCGCUGAGGUUCUGGAAUUGGCUGGUAAUGCGGCAAGAGACAACAAGAAGACUAGAAUUGUGCCACGCCACAUUCAACUGGCUGUGCGAAAUGAUGAGGAGCUCAGCAAGCUUCUUGGAGAUGUCACAAUUGCAAAUGGUGGUGUCAUGCCCAACAUCCACAACCUUCUGCUCCCAAAGAAGGCCGGUGGUUCCUCCAAGGCCGCAGCUGGUGAUGAUGACUGAUUCUUCAAUUUGAAGAUAAAAAUGCCCAUCUUAAGGAUGUCAAACGUGUUUUGUUUCAGAUUUAGUUUUCUACUCUAGGUCCAAGUAGAAUAUUGAGUCUCUGGUUCUUUGAGUUGUAGCUUGGGGGUAGAGUUAGGGUUGUAGGUAGUGUUCUGUGAAUAUAAUCAUCUUCUACUAGUUUCUUAAUAGAAGGGAUUGUGGGAACUUCUUUACAUUUUGCUUAUUUGUCUGUAUGUGUUCCGUAAUAGUCAAUGACAUUGCUACAAAUGCUUCAUCAUCUGGUUUACUCAUUUUGAUCUUUCA